AUGGAUGUCUUCAAGUCCAUCUGGGAACAGGCAUUGACGACCGAGCCACGGCCUGGUCUGCAUCCCAUACCCGGCUCAAGACCACUCACGAUUGAGGCAGCGAUAUGUCCUCCUCUAAUCUACUACAUCGCACUACUAUUCCUGGCACCACCGCCACCUAAAUCGAGCGACAGCACAGCUAUCAAACUGCUGCGGAAUGUCCUUGCCUUGGUCGCGGGCACAUUGUUCAUACGGCUGCCACUUGUCUAUCAUGUGCCCCAAAGCAUUGGCCUGACAUACCAGCUCGGCCUCGUAGGCAUCUACGGAGGGUGUCGGGUUCUGGAUGCGUUCUUCAUCAGCCCGUAUCUAUUCAACCACAUUCCUCGGCGCGUCCACUAUAAGCAUGUUGAGAGACCUAGCAAUCCUAGAUCUCCUUCGUUCCAGUUGACCAAGCAGUGGAGCAACGGAGGACUGAAGGACGCCUUCCUUGGUGUGAGCGAGACCAAUGGCCACGUUAAUGGUCAUACAAGCUCUCCGUCGACCAAGUCGUCGACGUCGGACAAUUCGACUACACCUGCUGCGAACAAGACACCACGCAAACCGUCUUUUGCUGCUCAAGCUACCUCCGCACUCUCCGCGACUUUCGCCGGCCCAACGCCUACGCCAGUCUACGAGACCGCCCACACCGAAGAGCACUAUCCACAGACUUUCCUCGCUCGCGCGUCCUGGGCACUAGAGCUCGAACUCUCAAUGCGCGGCAUCGGCUUCACCUGGACAACCGCCGAUGUCCGGCACACCCGCAAGACAUGGAUCCCCACACUGGGCAAUCGCCUUCACAGCCUAGGCUUCAGCGCUGGCCCAGUUCUUCUCGUCAGCUGGGCAUUCAUCCGACGCACAUACGUGACCUAUCUCCAACAGUACGAAGACCUCCCAUGGACCGACCGCUACGGUCUCUUCGAUACCCUGCCCAUGAACACCCAACUUCUCCUGACGGCAGCCCUUGGCGCCUUCCUCAUGGCGGCGUUCAGUGCCGGGCACUCUAUGUUCGCCAUCAUGUGUCACCCGCUCUCACCAUCGCCGUUGAGCUUCUUUCCACCUCUGUACACGACGCGUGUGUGGGAGAUUACAUCGGUUCGAGCGUUCUGGAGCUAUGGCUGGCACCGCUUGUUUGCCCGGCUGUUCCUCGUGUACGGUGUAUGGCCUGGCGAAUGGGUUGAGAGGAAGCUGUUGGGCAAGGGCGAGGAUCAGUCAGCUGAUAUCGGCAAGGUGAUCGGGGCGUUCGCGAGCAGUGCGUUUGUGCACGCUUUCAGCGUGCGCGGGGUCCUGAACGGGGAGUGGAGAUUGGCGGCUGGAGAAGCACGGUUCUUUGGGUUGAAUGGUAUUGCAAUUGUGGUCGAAGGAGUUGCGAUAGCGUUGGUACGAAAGAUCAGGAGGCGGCAUGGCAUCGAGAAGGGGAUGUGGUAUGAUGCGUGGAUUGGACGGGUUUGGUGGAUUGGGGUGCUGCUGUGGACGGGGAGGAACUUCGCCCGGGGAUGGGUUGCAGCUGGGCUGACGCGUGAGAUGGCAUUCAUGUAG